GCAGAGAUUAUCAUUUAUCAUGCUGAGAUUUGGGCAGCACAUCAUCAAGCCCUCCGUGGUCUUCCUGAAGACUGAGCUCUCCUUUGCUCUUGUGAAUCGCAAGCCGGUGGUCCCAGGCCAUGUCCUUGUUUGCCCGCUGCGUCCGGUGGAGCGUUUCCGUGACCUGUGUCCCGAGGAGGUGGCUGAUCUGUUUCGUAUGGCACAAAGGGUUGGCAACGUGGUAGAGAAACACUUCGGUGCCACUUCACUUACCAUUUCAAUUCAGGAUGGCCCUGAAGCCGGACAAACUGUGAAGCAUGUCCAUGUCCACGUCCUUCCGAGGAGGGCAGGAGACUUCAGCAGAAAUGACGAUGUCUACAAGGAGUUGCAACAACAUGACAAAGAGGAUUCCCCUGACAAAUGGAGAACAGAGGAAGAAAUGGCAGCUGAAGCAGCAAUUCUGAAGAAGUAUUUCCAAGAAAAUUAGAGGUAACAAAGUGUUUGAAAAGCAUCCUGUGACAUAAACUUCCCGGAAAGACCUCGUUCUUUUGUUCUCAGUGGCCCUGGAGCAGCAGCUGAACAAUUUUAUUAUGUUCUACAAAUAGGGGAUUCUUCUAUGAAAAAUUUUAUUGGACCUUUGGAUAUCAUCAAAGUUGAAUUUCAGCUAAGACAACUAACAGUACUGAUUCAAAAUACUGCUCUGAGUAGUAACUCAUAUUUUUCUGAAUUGUAUACUUGGGAACAAAUCAUUUAAAAUUGUCCCUUGGUCUAAAUUGAAAUAAAGUGCUAGCAAAACUGGGUAGCUGCUGCAUUUAGAUACAUUACAAAGCGUUUACUCCAUGUUGUGCUUUUUCAGAUUCAGUUAUUGCGUGUGGGCUAUCAUAUCAAAGAAAAAUUAGAUCUUCUAGCAAUGUGACAUUUCAUAAAAAAAAAAAGUCUUUGUUAUAGACUAGACAAGAUAAACUUGGAGAGCUACCUUUUUGCCAGAUAAGAUAGUAGAACAAGAAAUAUGUACUGCUUCUUAAGAUAUUUCCUUUCUGUGUUGCUUCUCAUGCAUUGUCACAAAGUUUCUGGGCCUUACGGCAAUAGAAAACACUUCUGCAGAUCAAUGAAUAUGUAAAGCUGCUAAUGUGAUAGUCAUUGUGGUAGGGUUAGACCAGCAUGAAAGUCCUGCUUGCAGCAACAGACAAUGUGAGUGGGAGCCACCCAUGUGGAAUGCUCCCUCUGCAAGGAAUGCUGUGUUCAGAGCCCCACAAAGGAAGGAGCCCACCAUGGGUUAGCUGUUGAUUGCUAACAUAAUAAAAAAGAAGUCAAACAACAGAUGGAAGGGAAAAGAAAUGAGUCUGCAAGACAUGCAUGAAAUGAGCACCCAUAAUCCUGCUCUUGAAUUGUGGGAAAGCUACAGCUGAAGUUUUCUGUGUCCCCUGAGCUAGGAUGGAAAAUCAUGUGUGCCAUGUCCUUCAAUAAAAGUUCUUUAACAAGA